AUGCGAAUUCUCUCGGCUUCCCGAGAAGCGCUUCUGUGCUUCUUGGUGUCGCUGCUUUUUUCUGCGAGUUUUUGCCAUGGCAGCAGUGAUGACAAGACAACAACUACAUUGUUGUUUGGAGUAGUUGGAACUGGAGAAUGUGCAGAUUGUUCGGACACUAAUUUUAAAACAAGCCAGGCUGUUUCAGGACUUCGUGUAACUAUAGAUUGUAAGCCAGAGAAUGGAGUGUUUAAAACAAGAGGAUCCGGCGAGCUUGAUGCAGAAGGGAAGUUCACGGUGUCUCUUCCUCAAGAGAUUGUUGAAGAUGGAAAACUUAAAGAAGAAUGCUAUGCACAACUUCACAGUGCAUCAGCCGCUCCUUGCCCGGCCCAUGACGGCCUAGAAUCCUCCAAGAUUGUGCUCAAAACAAAAACUAAUGGAAAGCAUACGUUUGGAUUGGCCGGAAAACUCAAGUUUUCUCCAGUUACUUGUACCUCAGCCUUCUUGUGGCCUCAUUAUAAGUACCCACCACUGCCUAAAUAUUCACACCCCAAGUUUAAUUUGCCGCCUUUGAAGAGCUUUGGCCACCAGCCUUUCCCUUUCCCUCCUAAAGUCUUCCCUCCCAAGCCACCACUACCGUCGCUUCCACCAAAACCACCGCUAUUCAAGAAGCCGUUUCCUCCAAAAGUGCUUCCACCACCAGUUCCAUAUAAGCCACUUCCACCACCUGUGCCAGUAGUUAAGCCGCUUCCCCCACCAGUUCCUAUAUACAAACCAAAACCAAAACCGCCAAUAUUUGUUAAGCCACUCCCUCCUCCCAUCCCAAAAGUGCUNUUCACGGUGUCUCUUCCUCAAGAGAUUGUUGAAGAUGGAAAACUUAAAGAAGAAUGCUAUGCACAACUUCACAGUGCAUCAGCCGCUCCUUGCCCUGCCCAUGACGGUCUAGAAUCCUUCAAGAUUGUGUUCAAAAAAAAAACUAAUGGAAAGCAUACGUUUGGAUUGGCCGGAAAACUCAAGUUUUCUCCAGUUACUUGUACCUCAGCCUUCUUGUGGCCUCAUUACAAAUACCCACCACUGCCUAACAGAGCCGUCUCUAGAACAUUUGUGACCCUAGACAGGAGUUACUUUGGGACCAUCUAA